CAAAGAGCUUGCAAUUAACAGCUUUGCGGGACAGUAGUGACCCGGGACUGCGGACUGUGUUAGAAAAACCGAGAGUGAAAAGCGGGAGUGUUCAGCAGCAAACAUCCCAUUAGACGGAAUGAGGAGUUCUGCUUUAGCCAGGGCUCAGGCUCAGCUCUCUGGAAAGAGAGUUCCUGUGAAACGGAAGGAUUCUACAGAUGAGCUCAAGGAGUAUAUGAACGCCCUGAAUAAGAAGGCAAGUGUUUUAAAAUUCUCUCAGCCGACAAUUGCAGAUGUUAAUGAAUUUUCAUAUGAGGAUUCUGUUCUGGAAACAGAACAGAUUAAAGGCACCGAGAGCCCUCAUCAAUUGUCUGGCACACAGAGCAGAUUUUUGAAGAAGAAGUUGUCACCCAAUGAAGACAAACCAAAAGUAACAAAAAGCACUCCAAUUGCAACAAAUGGGUCUGCUUUGGCUUCCCAUUUAGCUCCUGUUAAGUCUAAAGUGCCAACCAGUGCUGCACUCAAAAGACUGGCAGAAUUUGAGGAAAGGCACAAACUGAGGAGACAGGAGUUAGAUAAUUCUGAGAAUGAUUCAGACCUUAGGAUCUCCGACGAGAGGCCUUUUUCGGCCAGGUCCAGCAGUGAAGUCAGUGCCAGAGGGUUCAGGUUCCUGAAGAAAAAAUCUGAUACGUUAGACCCAGAACCUAACAAGAGGGAACCUCCCAGCUGGAGCAGACCAGGAGAGGGCAGAAGGGUGGCCCUGGAGAGUGAGGAAGAAGAAAUUCUUCAACUCGUUGGGAGUUCUGUGGAGAUGACAGAAAGUACUGAAAGGUUAUGGAAAGUCCCGAAACCACCAAGAACACCAUCUCCACCCAGCAAAGGAACACCACGCCGAAACCUACAUCGCAGCCCCUCCGCUUUGGGAUUUACCUCUCCACGUCAGACCCCUUCUAGAUACCUUUCCAGGACCCCAUCUCCUCCAAGCCACAGAACGCGUAUGCCUCUACACAGCGCACGAUCCCUUUCUCGACUUGGUUCCAGAUCUCCGUCUCCAUCAAUUCGGAGCUCUGUCACCAAUCACUCCUUUUCCCCACGGGCCAGGCUGAGCAGACGCAGUCGAACUCCCAUGUCCCAAAGAAGUGAUCUCCGAUCCCUUGAUGAACUUUUCUCCAGAACAGAGGAUGUGAGCAGUGCCAGCUCAGUUGAUUUUAAAUUAAAUAUUUUAAGCCUUGACGAUUUGGCCCCUGCUGUAGAUGCCCAAGAAGUAGAACAAGAGGAUAGGGGUAAUGAAAUGCACCCAGUUGAUGGUAAUUUGCAUACCGCUGCCAUGGGGAAAGAACCUGUGCAACCAAAGAAGGUGCAGCCCGUAGUACAGCCACAAUCUAGCAGUGAGAGUUCUGCUUUUGAAGUAGAGACAGACGCAAAUGAGAAUUCGGAAAUCUCUGAAUGCCUGCUCAGUGAUCCAACUGUAUCCCGUGAGCACCAUUCAAAGCCAGGACAUAAAUACACAGUUCAUUCUGAUUACUCUGAUGAUUUUGAAGAGUCCGUGCGCACUGAGACCUCUAAAAGUAUACUCUCAAAGUCAGACUCGAGUUCUUCCCUCGUAUUGUCAUCCAGAAGAGAGAAGAGCUCUCCACGUGAAUCCAACAGCAACCCCAGCAAACACCAUCGAUCCAAAAGAAGGGCUGAAAAAGCACAGACAAUAACCAUAAAAGAGUCAUCAGUGCAAACUAGUGAACCUGAACUUGGUUAUUAUUGGCCACUUGGAACAAGUGACCUCAGGUUCUCAUCAGCACCAGCUUUUCUAGAACCAGCCUCAAUAGCUAGGCACGCAGUCAGUCCUGAGGUCAUUGAAGCUCUAACCACAUACAGCCCAAUGGCAUUGGCCCUCAAUGACAUGUUAAAGCAGCAGCUUCUCCUAACCCAGAAUUUUGUGUAUAUGGCCCGCCAACUGCAUCUUUCCACAGUGAGGUCCCUUGAAGCUGAGGUGUAUCACUACACAACAUUGGAGGAUACUAAGGAGUACAUCAGACAUCAGAAGUCUCACAAGAUGAAGCAAGAGACAUAAGCAAAGAUCAGAUUGAGAGGGCACUCCCUGUUUGUGACUGGCAUGGCAAUGCUACGCUACAAAAAUACUGGAAGAUCAUCAUUUUGGCACAUACGACCGUGAUUAAUUGUAAAGGAUUUUUUGUAAACUAUUUGUGCUAUUUUUGUACUUUUUAUAAUAGAGUGUAUUUAUAAAUGAAACAUUUGACACUAUUUAUUUAAUCCUUUCCUUGCCAAGCAUGUUGAACCUAUAUAAUGGCAAUAAAAAAGGU